GAAAGCAUAUUGUUCCUGACACUGUCUCCAACAUGAGUGAAUUAGUGAACAACAUCAUAUCAGGCUUCCGAAACAUUGUUACAUUCGGAACCGAGCCUGCCGUUGAGGAGCAAAACAACAGCGGCUGCUGUGGUGGAAAUGCUGACGGUGGUUGUUGCAACUCAGAUUCUCCAUCAAAGGAAACAGCUGAAUCUGGAUGCUGCAAAGCCGAUGAUUCGGCAGCUUCUGCUUGCGCUUGCUCUAAUUCGAACGAGCCGGUUGAAAUUGAGCACAUCAAGAUAUUUUAUGCCUCUCUGACUGGCACCGCUAAGAGAUUUGCUGAUCAACUUCAGCAGAACCUAGAAGCCGCCGGUCCCAAGGUCCAGGUCCAGAAGAUCACCGUCAUGGAUAUUGUAGACUACGACAACGACGACUUCUUGACCGAAACUGCAAUCUGUGUCUUCAUUCUGUCUUCCUAUAAUGUCGAAGGCCCAUUGGAUUGGUUCUCAAAGUGGACUCGGGAUCUUAGAUAUGACUUCCGUGUGGAUCGACUUUCCUUGCAGAAAGUUCGCUUUGCAGUGUGUGGUCUCGGUGAUUCUGAAUACGGUGAUGAAUUCAACGUCGCCAGUGCAGACAUCGACAAGUGGUUCGGUCAAUUGGGUGCUUCCCGUAUUUAUCCAUUGGGUGCUUGCGACAAGAACGCCGACCAACAAGCUCAGUUUUCCGCCUGGACUUCUGGGUUUAUCGCCGAACUUGAAGACGGUCAUGCUCUCGAUUUCCAUCCCACUAACAUUGAAUACGACUCUGAGGACGACGACGAGGAAGUCGAUGAUGGUGAACUCAACAAGGAUAUUGGGGCUGGUGACGAUGAUGGCUCAGGAGACGAAAUGGUUGAUUUGGAAGAUAUGGGCAAAAUGGCCUCCAAGAUCAAGGCUGCUAAAAUCAACCGAGCCGAAGAGGAGGAAGCUUUUGAGAACAGCAAGGCUAAGCCUAAGAGAAGCAUAGGUACCACUGUUGAAGCGACUGCAGCUCCCGUUGCUAGAGAAAUGGUGUCUCCUAUGCUUCACAAGAACCUCACAAAGCAAGGUUACAAAAUUGUUGGAUCCCACUCUGGUGUAAAGAUCUGUCGUUGGACCAAGGCGGCUCUCCGUGGUCGAGGCUUCUGCUACAAACACUCAUUCUAUGGCAUUCAAUCUCAUUUGUGUAGCGAGAGCACUCCUUCUCUCGCUUGCUCAAACAAAUGUGUUUUCUGCUGGCGCCAUCACACAAACCCUGUUGGAAAGACUUGGCGAUGGAAGGUAGACGACCCUGAAUUUAUCGUCCAGGGUGUUUUGGAAAACCACUACAAAAUGAUCAAACAAUUGAAGGGUGUUCCUGGUGUCAAAGCUGAUCGAUUCCAGGAAGCGUUCAACGUUAAGCACUGUGCUCUAUCCCUAGUAGGAGAACCUAUCUUUUACCCUCAUAUCAAUGAGUUUGUCCAAAAGCUUCAUGAAAGAAAAAUAUCCACCUUUUUGGUUACAAAUGCACAGCAUCCUGACCGAAUUGCAGAUUUGCAGCAAGUCACUCAACUUUAUGUCAGUAUUGAUGCCAGUACAAAGGAGAGUUUGAAGAAGAUUGAUCGACCUUUGUUCAGAGAUUUCUGGGAGCGCUUCUUGGCAAGUUUAGAUUCCUUGGCCACCAAGGGACAACGAACAGUUUUCAGACUCACUCUUGUCAAGGACUAUAAUACCGAUGAUAUUGGCAACUAUGUGGAGCUCAUUCGUCGCGGUCGACCAAGCUUUAUUGAAGUCAAGGGUGUAACCUACUGCGGUUACAGUGGCGCUAGCAGCUUGACUAUGGCCAAUGUCCCAUACCAUACUGAAGUUGUUGAAUUCUGCAAGAAGAUUGUGGCAGCUGUUGGAGAUGACUACGAGAUUGCUUGUGAACAUGCUCACUCCUGCUCUAUCCUCAUUGCUUCCAAGCAAUUCAAGAUCAAUAACGAAUGGCAUACACACAUCGAUUACCCCAAGUUCUUUGAGUUGUUGGAGAGCGGCAAACCUUUCAAUAGUCUUGACUAUGUCGCCAAGACCCCAGAAUGGGCCAUUUUCGGUGCUCCAGAAGCUGGAUUUGAUCCCAACGAAACCAGAUUCUAUCGAAAGGGCAAGAACCCUAAUCCAGAAGCUUCCAGCGAGGUCGCCGUUGCUGUGUAAUAAGCUCGGUGCAUGCUAUUCCUUAUAAUUUUCGUUUUUUCUUUUUGAAAAGUUCAAUGUUUCUGUUUUUUGUAUUCAACUUUUGUAAUUUCGCUACAUCUUUCUUUCUGGUAACAAUUUGAAAGAAAUAACAAUCAAAAUUCAAAAUUACAUAAGAGGUUGUUUAAAGUGUUUUGUGUUCAUGAAGGG